CGUGCGAUUGAUUGUUUUGUUCGAUUUCGAUCUGCUGUACCAGAGUCGGUACGACCGGUCCAUGCAAUUUGUACUUUUGUUUUUUACGUAUAGUAAUACCCUCCGUUAGUAUAGUACAGUGUGUGUAUUGUUUUCGACGCUUCUGAACCCGAUGUGCUUCGGUAGAAACACAUCCAUCACAAAUUGCCCUGGUUUUCUACACAAUUAGAAGUUUGCAUUAUGGAAUUAUCUUCAAAGGGAUCAUACAGACGAAGAUGUGGAGCAACUUUGAUGAACGAACUGCUAGCACUUACGGCAGCACAUUGCGUUUUUAGUGGUAUGUACGUAGCAGCAGGUUUAAGUAGCCCGAAAACGAUCUAUGCUAAAGUAAUACAAAGUUAUAUUCAUCCAAGAUUCAGUCGGGCCACCCUUGAGGCAGAUAUUGCGAUACUAAGGUUAGAAGACCCCAUACGAAAAUCGCAAUACGUUGAUUACGUCAAACUGCCAUCUCGAAGUAUACCAGGCGAAGUUCAACACUGCUAUGGAGCAUUACUUAUGGGUUGGGGAUUAGCGAAGCCCGACCUUUUAUUCCCUAUGGACUUACUGCAGUGCGUUUACUUACCCGUCAUAACAUGGGCUGAGUGCAGACAUAUGUAUAGGUUUGUAAAAGACAUCCAUCGUUUUGCGGAUAAAGUAAUAUGCACGCUUUCAGAGGAAGGAAAGGACUCUUGCAAGGGUGACUCCGGAGGUCCCUUGAUGUGCGGCGAACAACAAAUGGGAGUGAUUUCGUGGGGAUUUGAUUGCGGUCAUCCGAGAUUACCCGGAAUAGCAACUAGAAUAGAUCGUUAUUUAAAAUUCAUCCACGAUGUGCGCCGAAUCGUUGGAAGAAGUUCCGCCGUUACGUUGCACAAGACUGGGUGCACGUUCUUAAUGAUUUUUUCAAAAUUAUUCCUUUAUUUCGUAUGCUUCGCAGGUCGUUAACAUUAAAAUGUACUAAUGCAGUUGUUUAACCAGUCAACCUCUAUUCAGACUUCUUAGGAUUCCAGAAAACGGAGAGAUAUUUAAGUUCCAUGAGUAGAGGUUGGUCACCAUUUUUGUAGUCGCAGUAUAUUUUUAAACGACCUUUGGAAAAGAUUAAUUCAUAGAAACAUUA